UCUGAGGAAAUUAGUGGUUUAUUUAAAAGACAAAAAAAAAGAAGCUUUCAUUAUGUGAAGAAAAUGGCACCCAAUAAUGACUGCAUUUCAAAAUGACAUUUGGUAACAUUAUCUGAAGUGAACAUCUUGUUAAAAUGCACCAAGCAAAUAUGGUAUCUAUACAUAGACCUGAGUGUUACUUCCUCAAAUAAGAUGCUGCAGGAACUGAAUGAAGAUCUAUCAUCUUUGGCACUUUAACAUUGUAUGACCGUUAAUCCAGUAAUUUGAGUUUAUAAUCUCAUUUGUCAAGUUAAUGCGAAGCAUGCUUUCUUUUGGUAAGAGGAUCAGGUUUUAAACACAAUGUUUAGAGUGUUUUUCCCACCCUCACGGUCCAAAUUACUGUUAUAUUCAAUAUAUUACGGUGGGUUUAUCUCAGUGCACUGUUCCAGUAAAGUGCAUCAUUACUAAUAAGAAUAACUCACCAUAUCUUUUUUUGCCAUAGAUGAUGCCAGCAAUCAGAGCUGAAUACCUUGCGGUCUGUGAAGGAGAAAACCAUGCACAUUAAUGCCAGUGGUGCAGUCACUACAAAGUGUAUGCAAAUUCUCAAUCAUACAAGGGACAGGAUAUCUACAAGUUGCUGCUGGCUGCAGGUCCCUGUGGAGCAGAAGAGCAUUCCCCCUUUUUUCCUCAUGUCCCCCCCUGUGUGUUUCCCUGUGUGUUAGUGACCACGCACCCCCACCCACCCCCCACCCCCACCUGAUCCCUCCUGUCGUGUCGCCACUCCAGCCUGAAGCCCCCCCUCUCACCCCAUGCUUGGGACAAAGCCAGCUCACUGCCAGCCCAAUGACUGCCUGGAUCGUCCUGCCUGUCAGCCUGUCUGCCUUCUCCAUCACAGGAAUAUGGAUAGUGUAUGCCAUGGCUGUGAUGAAUCAUCAUGUUUGUCCUGUGGAGAACUGGUCUUACAAUGUAACAUGCACAGAGGAGCUUCCGCGACCAGGCUUUCCCAAGACGUGCUGCACCAUCCAGGACAUCCCCCUCAUCAGUAAAUGUGGCUCCUUCCCUCCUGAAAGCUGCCUGUUCAGCUUGAUUGGCAACGUUGGAGCCUUCAUGGUGGUGAUGGUGUGCCUUCUGCGCUACGCCCAGGUGAUCGAACACAGCCACCGAUGUUGGGUCAACACCAGCGCUCUGGUGUCCGGCUGCACCAAUGCUUUGGGCCUGGUCAUGGUGGGCAAUUUCCAGGUUGAUCACGCCAAAUCUCUACACUACGUGGGUGCCGGGGUGGCAUUUCCAGCAGGGCUGCUGUUUGUGUGCCUGCAGUGUGUGCUCACCUACCGGGUGGCUGUGACAGCCCUCGACUACUGGAUGGCCCAUUUCAGAGUGGCUCUGGCACUGGGAGCCAUGGUGUCCCUCGUCCUCAGCGGCAUCUUCUUCAUCCACGAGAGCUUCGUCCUGCAGCACGCUGCAGCCAUCUGCGAGUGGGUCUUCACAGUGGACAUCCUGGUUUUCUACGGCACCUUCACCUACGAGUUUGGCACUGUCACCAGCGAGACCAUGAUGACGGGCCUGCAGCAGUGUCACCACCACGGCUCAGGGGUUAUCAUGGGAGCCAGGGCCCGGGGCUCAAUACUAGGUGGGACGACUAAGGGCCUCAAGUCCCCCGGGGGGAGCAGCACAUCCACACAUCUCAACUGUACCCCGGAGAGUAUAGCCAUGUUGUAGCUCUGCAGCGCUGCCCACUGCAGAGGUGCUUCAUGGGCUCCCACAGGUAUGCAGGACAGUGGCAGCAUGUGGAGGAAGAGAGGAUGUUCUGAUCGCUUUAACAACUACAGGAUAUCCCAUCUGUAAUGCUGUACUAUCUAUUAUUAUUAUUAUUAAUUUUUUUUUUCUUCCAAUGUUUGUGCAAGCUACUACAGUCAAGUGUCCUGUAGCAAUGUUGAGAGGAGGCUGAAUGUGUGAAGCCAGUCGGAGUACAGGAACCAUGAAUGGUUUCCAAGAUGGCUGUUGAUUUGGGCAAUUCUUCACAGGAGUCUGUUUCCUGAACUACAAUUCUUUUUUUUUUCUUUACUUUUUUAUAACCGUGCAUCACUGGUGUGCCCACCAAGAUUUCCUCCCUGCCCAGACACUCCUUCAUGAACGACCCAAUGCUUUGCGUGGCCCACCUGUUUUGGCCUUUUGCUUAUCUCUGCACGGCUACACUUUUCGAAUGAGAGAAUAACAAUUUAUGUUAUGAGUAUUUGGAUUUGCGUAGUAAGUAGAAACCUAUUGAAUGUUUUGAGAAGUGAAUAGUUAACGGUUAUGUAUGUUUUACAGGCUGUAAGCGUAUGGGCUUUUUUAAAAAUCAAUCAAGCAUAAAUGAUCGGCAAAAAAUCAUUCAUUUUACUCCACAAUUUCAUUUGGUUGCGCAGAUUUUGAAUGCAAAUUUUGAUGGCAUUUUUGGAUUAUCUUACAAACUGUGUGUCUUGAGCCACUAUCAUUCUUAAGAUCACAUUCUAGGUCAUUGACAUGCAAGAGCAGAAUGUCUACGUAGAACAGCUCUGUUGUAAUGACGAGGACCGUGUGCAUCUCAAUCACUUUUUUAUCUGAGAAUCUCUGAAGUCGUCUCCCUUGAUGUCAUUCCGUUAUUGUCCCACAUGUUGCGUGAUCUGAGGAUUUAUUUGUAACAUUUACAUUUCAUGCUACCAUAUUUUUUUUUUUUUUUUUACUUGUCGGUCAUGUCCGGUGCAAUAAUUGCCAUCAAUCUUCGGAUCAUUUCUGCUCCGCUGGGGGUGUAUGAUGCCUUUUUCAUUGUGUUGGAGUUGAACACAGGGCUUUUUUUUUUUUUUUUUUUUAUAUAUAUAUAAAAACACACUAUAAUCUGACUAACCCAUUUCUAGAAUAAUGUAGUUGUAAAGUUCUUGCCCCCACACUAGUCUCUCAUUACCAGACCUAUCUCCACAGUGGCCUGGCUACACAGCUGAUCCGUUCUGGGAUAGGGCUGUGUCAGGUGCGUGAGCGACACACCCGAUGUCAGGCUUUAUCCAAGCAAUGUACAUCCGUGUAGCCAGACUACCCACACACUGAUAUGAUUCCAGGCCGGACCCUUGGAAGCCUUAUUUGAGUUUUGCGAACAUGUUUUCUGUUAAAUAUGAAGCCAUCUCAAGCCUUCUCGGUAGCGUAAGGGGACGUUUUGUUCACAGGAGUAAACUGAGAGGUGAACAUAAUGUUUGUAGACCUUGUGCCAUAAUCCUAAUGGUGUCAACCCAGUGUUACAAACCGACAAUAGCAUACAGGCUGUAGACUGAAGGGACUGCAUGUCAUAUAUUAAGGUUGUGUAUGAUUCCCUGUUGCCAAUUUCUCUUUAUAAUUAUAUUUACAGUUGUGAAUUAGCUUCACGCCAGACUGCCACAAACUACCAAUGCUCAAACUAAAGCUGACUAAUGCCAUACAAUUUAGGUUACGCUCACAGGAAGUUUUGUUGGAGUGAGUGAGCCGUUGAAGUAUUUUUCAUAACACACAGUAUUCUGCCCUCUGCGUAGUGUUGAUACAUUUUUUUUUUUAAACUGUCUAACCACUGGAUGCCAGCAAUACGUUAUUGAAAAGGUCACAUCACCUACCUCUUAUCUUCUGUGGGUUUGAUGUUCCGAAGCAAAAGCUAGAGUUCCUACGCGUUUUCCAUCUCACGACGGUUUGAGGUCGAGGAAAGUAUUUAAUGUAAUGGCAGCUCAGCAGGCCAUAGCUCAAUCCACAAAGUCUCAGCAUGUGGCAGGACAGUGGAUCUGCUGUUACGAGCUGCGUUAUCACGUGUCAGGUCAGUUUUCUUUACUUUUUUGUGAAAAUGAUUUAACUUCCAAAUCUUUUAUGGGACUGCAGCAAUCCUGUGGUCUGCAAAUCUUGCCAAAAAGGACUGGAAUCCACUGGAGUUUUAAUUGGUUUUUCUGUGUGUCAGCAGUAGGUGUAUGAAUUGGUGUGAGUGCACUGUUCUAGCCUUAUCCCUCAUACUGUGCCAGGGGAAUGUUCAGAUCUUUUCUUUUUAAUCUUGUGUUCAGCUGUAGCCUGUUUCACCAAACUGUAACUAAGUCACACUGUGACUACAAAUGGCAGCUUGUAUGAGCCCUCAUCAGGGUUGGAUUUAUUCUGUAACCUCUAUUCCAUAAUACCAUCUUCCACAGGCCAACAUUUGAAAGGUGGAUUUUACAUUUUUUUUUUUUUUCCCCUUUCUUUCUUUGUCCAAAUGUACACACUUUGUUGGUGGGCGAAUCCUAUAUUACAAAAGGCUGCCUGACCUGUACAUGUCUUGAACUCUUGCAACAGCAACACAGAAACAAUGUCUAUAAAAAUGUAUGUCAUGUUUAGAAAAAUAUGUAAAAGAAUGGUAAUGGAGUCCGAGAAAUCCCACAAAACAAGUCGACAACACAGAUUAUGGUUUCCUUUUAUAAAUUCUAUAAAUAUGUAUGAUUUGUCAAUCAUUUAGGUAUUUUCAUUUGACAGAGAUUUAUAUUCAAAUAUGAAAUAAAAAUGAUAAAUUAU